AUGGUCCGCGCUACUCCCUCCAUCCGCACCGCUCUCCGCCCCGUCGUCCGCGCCCGCGUCCCGCGCGCUCAGAACCAGGUCCGUUUCAGGACGACCGAAAACACCGAUAGCGCUCGCGAAAACGGUCCGGUUAAGGAGUUCAACAAGACGGGUAACACCAACAAGCCAUGGCUCUUCGCCGGUGUCGCCACCCUCGCCGUCGGCGGCAUCUACGCCACGAUGAUGGGCAAGCCCGAGAAGGCUGCUGCUGCCUCGCAGAAGCUUGAUUUUGUUGCGGACGGGAAGAGUGCGCCUCAUAACCUCGCUGUUGGCAACGCCAAGUAA